AUUACCCGCCCGCGUGAAGUUGACCUGACCUCAACACAGGGAAGCAGGUGCGCGCCCUCUGACCUCUGUGACGUCACAUCGCAACGUUUGGACAUGGCGGUUUAGUGUAGCAACGGACCUGGGCAGCGAGCACACACACUAGCUUGUAAACAAAUCAAGAUGCCGAUAGGAAAGAGAGAAGAAUUUUGGGUGAAUGAAAGCAUUAAGAACGAAUCUUUUGACUCGUUCUAUAACGUGGGCAAGGAAUUGGGGAGGGGUGCUACAUCAUUUGUGCACAAGUGUGAACACAAGGGUACUGGUGUUCCAUGGGCAGCCAAAAUAAUAAAAAAACAUGUUGAAAAAAAAGUUGUGCGCACAGAGAUAGGAAUCCUGUUGAAGUUAAAUCAUCCCAAUAUUAUUAGACUGAAAGAGAUCUUCGAGACACCCAGAGACAUUACACUAGUGCUGGAGCUGGUGACUGGCGGGGAACUGUUUGACAGAAUUGUGGCCCGAGGCUUCUACAGUGAGAAGGAAGCAGCUAAGGCAGUAAAGGACAUGUUGACUGCCGUUGCUUACUUGCAUGAAAACGAUGUGGUACACCGAGACUUGAAGCCAGAAAACAUGUUGUAUGAAAACUUGGAACCUGAAUCGAAGCUGAAAAUAGCUGAUUUUGGGCUGUCAAAGAUAAUAGGACAAGAAGUUACAAUGACAACAGUUUGUGGCACACCAGGAUAUUGUGCUCCAGAGGUUCUAAGUGGAAAGAAGUACACCAAAGCUAUUGACAUGUGGAGUGUUGGAGUCAUCACAUAUAUACUUUUGUGUGGCUAUGAGCCGUUCAGCGCUGACACCGACCGCCUGAUGUACAAGCGUAUCAUUAAGGCAGAUUACCAGUUCGACUCUCCCUGGUGGGACGAAGUGUCAGAGAACGCUAAGGACCUUGUACGAAGUAUGCUGACCUUAGACCCCAAGAAGCGGGUGACUGCUGCAAACGCUCUUAGACAUCCAUGGGUGAUGGGCAAGGCCAAUCGCAUCCACCACAUGGAGUCCACCUUUGACAACAUCAAGGAGUUCAAUGCCAGGAGGAAACUCAAGACUGCAACAGAAGCUGUCGUAGCUGUUGCCAGAGCAACCAGAAAUAUCCAGAAUAUAUUUGAUGGUCCAGGCCUAGCCAAUGUUACAGGAACAUUCCCAAUUAUGGAACAGGCUGGUGAACAAUCUGAACCAAUCGGUGGACAAACUGAGCUCACAGCUGCUGCAAGCUAAAGCCCUGAUUGGUAAUCAGUCGACCAAUCACAAGACAGUGACAUUCAUUGGCUACUAACUAGCCAGCUACAGAACAACUGUAUGGAUUUUAUCUUCAAGUUUUCUUUGACCAAUGGAGUAUCUGUGAUAUUAUGAAAAUGAUCUUAGAUGAUGAAAUGGUGAUUUGCAACACAUGGUAUUGAAGGAGAUUUUUAAAUACAUGCUGACCUCCAUUAAUGCUGCUGCUCCUCAUACUACUGAGAAGUUAAAAGGAGGAGCUUGUUUGUGAUGUUGGACUAUUUGUUGGUAACUAUUUCACACAUUCAGGUUUACAUAGUUGACCAAACUCACAUCCAGAAAUGUGUAUUGGAAAGCAUUGUUUCAGAUUUGUUCCUUUGUUUGUUUCAGUUUAUGUAAGAAAUCUUUCAGAAGACAAUGCCAGUUUAUUGAUGUUCUGUUGAUUUGUUACAGUGUUUUGUAUCUCAGGAUUUUGUCCAGGUAUAUCAUUCACAGAUAUAUUUAAAUAUUGUUUACUAGUUGUGAGCCAUUAUUGUAUUUAACUGCCUUUAUAAGUGACAGGUCUUCCUAAACAGCAUGUGAUGCAUAUUCUGUGUCUCCUGAAAUCACUGCACUACUAUGUUAUCUUCGUGUGAUAAUAACUGCCAUGUAACUAUACUUUUAUAUGAAAGUGGUUCAUUCAUAUCGAGUAGUACAAAAUUGUUGUACAUAAUUGUAUCUGUAUGUUUUGGGAAAACAAAAUAAUCCAAGAGUUUGUGGCGUUUUUGCAAAUUUUGUGAUUUUCAAGAGCUCAAUGUUGCAGCUGGCUGUUUGAUGUGGCACCUGCCACAUGACUACCUUGCCUGGCCUUGCCUUGUGGCCGGCUGUUUGAUAUGGCACCUGCCACAGGGCUACCUUGCCUGGCCUUGCCUUGUGGCCGGCUGUUUGAUAUGGCACCUGCCACAAGGAUAUCUUGCCUGUUAAACCUACCCAAUAUAGUAGUCAUAUUACCAGCUACACAAAACUAUUUGGGCGAUGUUCCAUCUAAAGUAUUUCAUAAAUAUUCUUCAAACUUAAACCAGAGUUUCCCAGGUUGAGAUAGGAAUGUUUUCUCCUACCUUACAUGUCUUCACCACAGGAGCAUUAUAGCAUGAUGCACUGGCAUUUAACCAUGUGUGGUCACAGGGCUAAGCCUGGAAUUUCUAUAACACUGCUUCCCUGGUACUGUUUCCAUAUAAUGCAUCCUGAUGUUACUGUGUUUCUCAGCAUAUAUUUUAUAUAUGGUUGUGUAAUUUAGUGUUGGUUUACUGCUGGGUUGUGUUAUUAUAUGAUAGUGAUAUAGAAUCUGAGAUAGGUUUUAUAUGGUAAAUGAAUGGAAAACUAUUAAAUGUAGAUUUCCAUAAUUUUUUCAGUCAAUGAUAUCGUGAGAGAAGCCAUUGUUUUAAUUGUGAUAUAUUUUGUAAUAAAUACAGAAUACAUUUGUAUGGACAUAUAUGCACUUAUGCAAACAGUGGUAUAAAUGUUUUUAAAGUAUUUAUUUCCA